AAUUACCAAGGAACCGGAAGAGUAUGGACGCACAAGCAAAGCUUGCAGUUGUCGUGAAGGUGAUGGGCCGAACUGGAUCGAGGGGUCAGGUGACCCAAGUCCGUGUCAAGUUUCUUGACGACCAGAACCGUCUCAUUAUGAGGAAUGUGAAAGGCCCAGUUAGGGAAGGUGAUGUGCUUACACUUCUCGAGUCUGAAAGAGAAGCUAGAAGGCUGCGUUGAUAUUGUUGCUGGUCUUAUGCGGUACAAGCUAUUCAGUAGUCCUUGUCUACUAUAAGUGCGUUUGUUGGGCUUGUCACUAGAACCUUUUAUCUGCAGGUAGUUAAGAAUAUUGUGAUAAUCAUAGAGAGGGAUUGUAUCAGAUAUGUAAGAGGAAUGAGUACUUCUUUCGUUGGUUGUUAUCAAUAUCAUGUGUUGAUGGAUUUUGGAAAGUUCUUGGUUUUGCGAAA